UCGGUUCGGAUUGCCUCCUCGUCUGUUGCUGUUCAGGCUCCUAUGAAGGUCUACGUGGAUUAGAUGACCGUUCUCAUGUAUGUAUCUUUCUUGCCAACCGGCAAUGGAGCUAGUUUGCUGUUGGGGCAGUCGAGGAGAAGGAGGACAUCAGGUGAACGAUAUAAUAAUAUCUCAAAAUUUCGAAUUAAUUGCGUGCAGACUUUUCAAUAGAGAUUAUUACACUAGCAUCUACAGCGGCAUACAACAAUGGAGAGUGACGGGGAGAAUGAGCAAACUGUGCCUUUCGCUCCUGAUGAAUGUAGUAAUGACAACCGGAGUGUUAGCUCUAUUCAUCAGACUUGCUCUGAGGACUUUCGUGAUGGUGACCUGAAUGUCACAAAAGCUUUCUAUGGCAUCCUCAUGGCCGGAAUGGCAUUCCUUUUACCAUUCUUACCAGUUUUCUACAAGAUGAACGGUAUCACAGCGUCGGAAAACGGUCUCCUUGGUGGCCUACGUCCCUUAGUGAAUUUCUGGAGUGGUCCCCUGUUGAGUGGGCUAGCUGACAAACUGCAGCGUCGCAGACUUAUUCUCUUCAUCAGCGCUAUCCUCUACGCCAUGAUCACGUUCAGUAUAUGGUUCGUACCAGCGGCUGAGCAAGUGGGUUGCGGUGCCUCGGCACACUGUGUGCUUGACGGCGUACCACCCAUCACCGGGGGCAACGCCACGAUAGCCACAACGAGCUCCAGAACAUCGUUGCCAUGGAAACACUCAGCUAUGACCGGACUUUCAUCAUCCACUGCAAUUUCACCAGGCCUAUCAACUGAGUCAUCAGAUGCUAACGCCACAUCAUCCCCUAUCCCGAUCGAACAAGGCUCCUCUGGAAGCCAUACUAGAACCCUGGCAUAUUUUGUUGUGAUGAUAUUUUUCAGUGAACUGGUGGGCGCCCCAGUGCUCCCCUUGACAGAUACGAUUGUCCUGGAGACUCUCGGCCACCAGCGCAUUUCACAGUUUGGUCGCCAGCGCCUGUGGGGAGCCGUGGGUUAUGGAAUCGCUAAUGCCGCGGCUGGCUUUGGAUCUAGCUCAUUGGCCGACUCCUGCGGCCGGGGCAAUUAUACUGUUCACUUUGUUGGUUUUGCCGUCCUGUAUGUCAUCUCGUUAGCGGCUGCACUGAAGCUGAAGGAUACUUACCAUCCGCUGAGCGCUAAGACUACAGCAGCUACGACAGUACAAACAAGAAUCCGAAUCGGCCGAGGUUUGCGCUUGGCUCUGUGCAACGCCCGCGCAAUCUGCUUUCUUGUCGCUGUGUUCUUCUUAGCCAUUGCGAUGUCCAUCGUCGACAACUUUCUAUUCUGGUUCCUAACAGAGCUGUGCGCUUCCGAACUGCUCCUUGGUCUCUCUAUUCUGACCAUGUGCAUGUCAGAAAUCCCGCUGUUUCUUAUCGCCGGGCGAGUGAUCAAGCGCUUUGGCCACACGACGGUCCUGGUGUUUGUGCUGGUGUGCUACGCCAUUCGAUUCCUGGCGUACUCGCUGCUGGAGAACCCCUGGCUAGUCAUGCCGAUAGAACCACUACACGGUGUAUGCUUUGCACUGAUGUGGUCCUGCUGUGUGUCCUACUGCAAGAAAAUAGCGCCGCCAAAUCUGGAAGCUACUCUGCAGGGUGUGCUUAACGGCUUGUUUUGGGGCGUGGGCCGCGGGACGGGGGCCGUGCUUGGUGGUUUCGUGUACCAUCACUUUGGUGCCCGCUGGCUGUUCCGUUCCUGCGCAAUCAUGUGCUGCAUUGUGGCAGCGCUGUACCUAGUGUCGGAGAGAAUCAUUCGCCAGUACGAGCGGCGACACGGCACGUUGAUUUCCGGUACGGCGAAGCUCGUCGACGGCAUUGAGCUCAACGAACAUGGCCUAACGUUGGACGACGACAACGACGGUGAGCUGAGUAAUGGUGCGCCUGUCAUUAGCUACCGUUCGGACACCACCCAUGCUGUUAACGGUAGAGUACACAACGGUAUAGACGACUUUACACUGGUAUCGUCCGACGCUGACAGGGCCCUCGAUAUCGCCACCGCUGAGAAUGAUGAAUUUGAACAAGACGGAGACAUUGAAACUGCGCUCCUCUAGGCUGACUCUGAUACACCAUCAUGUUCAUGAAGACUAGUCCUAUUUUAUUUUUUUACUCCGCUCUAUUUCACCUCCCACCGCUUUAGCAGCUGCAUCUGCACCUUGAUCCAUAUAGGGUAGUGGCGUUCAGCCGAUUCUCAGAACCAUCAAUGGCUUUUUUUGUAUUUUAUUUUGCUCACUGGGCUCGCUGAGCCUGAGACUGGACAAACUACGGAGUCAUGUUCUGUUCUAGACUUAGAGAAACCAUCCACAGGUGCUAGUGCCGCUCUCACUGAGACUGGACAAACUAUGGAGUCAUGUUCUGUUCUAGACUUAGAGAAACCAUCCACAGGUGCUAGUGCCGCUCUCACUGAGACUGGACAAACUAUGGAGUCAUGUUCUGUUCUAGACUUAGAGAAACCAUCCACAGGUGCUAGUGCCGCUCUCACUGAGACUGGACAAACUAUGAAGUCAUGUUCUGUUCUAGACUUAGAGAAACCAUCCACAGGUGCUAGUGCCGCUCUCACUGAGACUGGAUAGGCAGUCGCUUGCACAACAAGCCCGGCCAAUUGAUUAUAACUCGGUACGCGGCUAUAAAUUUAUCUAUUCUCAUCCAGCUGGUCUGGGUUUAGUAACUGGACUGUUGCAAUUCAAAGUCCACCAUAUCCUGCCACUUUUUUGAUAUGCUUUCAUCCAUCAACAUGAUCAACCUGGUGAUGUUCU